AUGCCCACGAGUUAUAUCAACACCUCGCGAUAUUUGAGAAUGGCUGCGACGCAGAGUGACGGGCAUUCUGUGGUGUUGCAGUCUCCGUCACUUCCAGAGCUCUCGGCAAAUCUCCCAAGCCCCUCGGAGCUGCCGGCGGAGCCCCCAUUGACAACAAGAACGUCGCCGCCGCCCCCGGCAUCAGUGCCGACAUCCAUCACAAGCGGACCAUCGUCAUCUUUGGUAACAGAAAAGGCAUUGUUGGCGGGUCACUCUGUUGAUGAGGAUCUAAAGGCCGACAGCGCCAGUACAUCGGAACCCCCGCCAUAUUCAAGCCCUUCCAACAGCUUGGAGACGUCCAUCUCACACGACCCACGCGGCAUACACGGGACCCCCUACUAUACUGGUCUACCUAGGCUGGAUUAUAGGCUUUACUCGCCACCCAACUUUACCCUAUCUUCCGACUGCACCACCAUAUCCUCCAAGGCAGACUAUCUAACAGCGAGCGCCAGCGCCCUGAUUGGGCUCAUCAGGUCCCAGGCAUGCACUCCACCCAAGCCAUUGAUUCAUGUCAAAGGAAACCGCGGUCGAACCAUUGACUUUGAUUUCAAAAUGAAUCUCAUGGGCUUGCUGGUGGCAGACGAUGUAAGCAAGCGCUUGGACUACAUUCGUUGCGUUGCGCCGGGCGAGCUGGCGUUCCGUGGUGGCGCGAAGCCUGAUAUCCUCCCCGAGGUGGGAGACAGAGAGCUGGAUGAAUGGUGUCGCCGGUUCAUCGAGGAUCCGGCCCCGAUUAAAAGUUUUGCCCUCGAGCGAGUUGUCGCCAAUCUGGACACGCUUUAUAUCGAGGGCCAGAUUCGGAGCUUGAUUGCUUCAACGCAAUACAAAGGGCAUAUCAACAUCUCGUUCCCCGUGACGCAUGCCAAGGUCAAGGUCAAUAGCAUCGAGAAGCCGAGCAAGAUUUACAUGGGCAUGAAGAACCUCUUCACAAGCAGGCACAAAUACAAAGUGGUGCAGUCGAUAUGGCCCUUUGCGACGGCCAAAAACGGCGAGGAGGGCCGGAAGUGUGUGGUGCAGAGUGAGGAAGUGUGGUGGCGGGAGUGGAGAGACUCAAUCCAGUAUGCCAUUGCGCAGAAACGGGGAAAUGGCGCCUAUGUGACGAAUGAGGACAAGCUGGAGGCAAUCAUGGAGGGCAAGGGCAAGGGCGUAGCGUCCAUCGACUGGGGCGGGACUGGCCUCGAGCUUGAGGAACACGCCAACCGAGGCUCCGACGAGAGACGUGACGCGUGA